AGCACGCUUGUCGAGGGAGAUAGGCCUAUAGUUGUCAAAGUUGCUAGUACUGGUAUUAGCAACUUCCCAUUGGUUAGGUACGAGACUGAUCUCCCAGAUUUUGUUGAAAAGCGUCAGCAUGGUUUCCUUUCUUUUGGACCCAUUCUAAUUAGAAAUUCUGGAUGA